GAGAUUUAUAUGUUCACCUUGGGACUAAAUUUCUAUUACAUUUCAAUAGCAGCUAGUCAGUUAGUGACUUUUAUCAUGUAUGAGAAACUUGCUAUUAUGGAGCUCAACAAUAAAAUUCUUGUAGGUCUUUCUUCAUCAAAUUGCCACAAGUUAAUUAAGAAUAUUUUUGUUGGUAUAUUACUUAAGCAUUCCCUAAUCAAAUCUGUAUCUGAACAGGUUGCACUUCAGCGGCCGCCUCAGUAUGCUUGUGGAUGCCUGUUCAUACUCUCUGAAGUUCUAAAAGCAAAGCCACCUCUAUGGACAAUGCUGCUCCAGAAUGAGUCUGUUGAUGAUGAUCUUGAGCACUUUGAGGACAUCAUAGAAAGCCCUGAGGACUUGGCUGUUGCCCCGUCUGGCAACUCAAUAAAUUCAGAUGAACUUCCUACUUCACUUGGUGGCAAAAAAUUGGCGGACUUGGUUCAUGACGAGGAGGAUCAUGAUUUAGAGGUUGAGGUUGGUUGUGAAAAUGUAAGCGAAGGUAACAGAGAAGAAAAUCACACAACCAAUGAGGGGUCAACACUACCUGUUGGGUAUAAUCCGCGGCAUAGGGAACCUUCUUUCUGCAAUGCCGACCGUGCAAGCUGCUGGGAGCUGACUGCAUUGGCUUCGCACGUGCACCCAUCUGUGGCAACUAUGGCCCGGACACUUCUCUCCGGGGCCAAUAUUGUUUACAACGGAGAUCCUCUCAAUGACCUAUCACUCACUGCUUUUCUUGACAAGUUCAUGGAGAAGAAGCCGAAGGUAAACAGGAAAGCUGAGGGCAUAUGGCACGGUGGUUCCCAAAUUGCGCCGGCACGAAAGCUUGACCUGAGCCACCAUCUCAUCGGGGAUGAGAUACUGCAGCUCGCGGAGGAUGAAGUGCCGCCGGAAGACGUCGUCUUCCACCGAUUCUACAUGAACAAGACCGGCUCCUCCAAGAGGCUGAAAGCCAAGAAGCAGAAGGCGUCGCUCGAUGACGAGGACGCCGACCUGUUAUUGGACGGGGAUGAUGAGAGUGACGAAGAAAUUGACCGCAUGCUGGGAUCUGGGCGCAGUACGGUGGAAGAGCCCAAGGGAGAGUACGAUUACGACGAUCUUGACCAUAUCGCCGAGGAGGAUGAUGACGACCUGCUCGGAGACGGUAGUGAUGCGGAGGCGGGCCCGGCCCCCAAUCAAGAUCGUGAUAAAAAUGACGACGAUGACGACGAAGAUGAUAUUGAUGACGAUGAUGGUGGUCUUGCUUUGUGGGAUGAUGUUGACGAGGAGCACAAUAAUGGCGGCGGCGGCAGUGACGACGAUGAUGAAUAUGGUGAUGCUGACGGAUCUAAUAAAAAGAAAAAGACCGAGGGAAAGAAGCAGAAACUUGGGGGGCGUAGUCGCGCAUCGCCUUUUGCUAGUCUGGAAGAU